CUUCUCCUAUAUAUCAUUCUUAUUCAUUGGAAAAUGCUAAUAUGGUGCUCGGUUGUUUCAGUUGGCAAAUUCAUCAAUGGAGUAUGAUCCUCUUUAUGAUGUGGAUAAGGGUUUUCGAGUGAUGCCAUCAUCAUUCCAUGAUAUUAGUGAUGUUGAGUUUCAGGACAACUGGGGCCGUGUUUGGAUGGACCUUGGUACCUCUGAUUUCUUUGCCAUUGACAUUCUUCUCAACUGCCUGACAGUGUUGAGCUCAGAAUAUUUGGGCAUUCAACAAGUAGUAUUUGGUGGCGCCGAGUAGGUGAUUGGGAAGAGGGAAUGACUAGCCCCGACUAUGGAUACAAGUAUUUCAAGAUCUGAAAGGAGACUUGAUCUGAAUGAGUGCAUGUACAUGAACAUUGUGCCAGAAUCAUUUACAGCCACCCAAAAAGUAUCAGUAAACGGACAGACACUGCAUCUCUUUUUGGUGACAGAAGAUCUAUGUGAAGACCAUAUUAAUGAAUGAGUUCGGGUACAAUCUGUGGUCAACACGAGAACAUUACGUGUCCGAUCAUAUCACUGCUCUAGAGAAUUGAGGAUCCUUGCUCGAAGCUACAUUUUCUACAGCAAAAAGAAUUUUCCAUCUAAUCCUUCAGCAUCAAAUCAGUGUAUUGAGUAUUAAGAAACUUCAAAGACCUGGCAUUGUAUUUGCACUGCGGAAGGGCCUGUCUAUGGACAGACUUUGAGACCACCUGCUCAGCUGGUUCUGUCAAAGUUCAGCAAUUUUUUUCAAACGUUUAUCCUUCUAAACUUCUUCAUUGUAACUUCCAUAUCAGUCUGUUUGGCCAUCAUAUUUUAAGUGAUUGAAUCAUUGAUGUAGCAAUUGCCUCUGUAGUGACGUGCUCUGUGCCGAG